AUGUUGAAGAGGAACGCGAAGUUUACAAAGUUAACCUUAACAACAACAAAUAGUAGUAAUAAAAACGAAGAAGGCAUGGAUUGGGCCAUCCAGGCUGCCAAGAAGAAGAAUAAAAGGUUGCCAGGAGGUUCAAGAUCAAUUAUAGAAACUUUGAAUGUAUUUAACGAUGUGGUAACCGAUGGUGAUUUAGAGAUUAAUAGAAUUUUAAACGGAACCCGCAAAUGGGUUAAUGAUAUUGGGAAUGGAUUACAAGGUCAACUGAGUCCAGAGAAAACAGUCAAGAUUGGUGAUGAAACGAUAGUUAAUGAUAUUCCUGAGGAGAAGACACCUGAGAGAAGCGUCAAUUUGCCUAGUGCAACUCCUAAAUCUUUAGCUGAAGAAUCGGCGCCGGAACCAGAACCAGAACGAGAGCCAGAGCCAGAGCCGGAGCCUGCGCCAUUACCUCAGGUACAACAGGAACGAUUUACACGAAGAAGAACUACUACAAGAAGGUCGAAUGUGUUUGUUCCAUUACCGAGUAAGGAUCCAUUAGUAGUGCAACCUGCGCCUCCACCUGUACCUCCGGCCGAACCAGCCGCCAUGCCACCAGCGGCAUCACUAUUACCACCAGCGAUACCACCUACGUCUAUCCAAAGCUCGACCGCACUCUCAUCUCCUGCGUCGACUGCGUCACCGACCGCAUCUGUACCAAGUGCUAAUACCGCUUCUCAUAGAAGAAGAAGAGCCAUUGCUACUGCAUCUACAGCUAAUAAAUCUAACGUAUUUGACCGACUGUCUUCAAUACCGACUAAAUCAUUCGAAAACAAAGUGAAUAGAACGGCUCGUAAGGGUUCUUCUGCCUCAUCAAUCGAUGUGACUGGCUCACCAAUGAGAAGAUCUUCACCAAGAAGAAACCCUGGUGCAGUAGUGGAUUCUUCCAUUCAAGAAACUUUGAAAAGCAUAUUCUCUACGCAACCUAGUGGCUCCAAGAGUAGUGGUAAAGUGACAAAGAGAGAACCGCCAGUUCCUCAUCUAGCUCGAUCGUUUAACCGUAGGGCCAAUUUCAAGCCUUCGGCGGCUAAAUCUCUUGCGCGCGAUCCUUCGCCACCAAGGCCCAUAUCACAACAUGCAUCCCAACAACAACAGCAGCAACAGGAGGCAAAUGUACCUCAACCUGCGAGGCAGAAAUAUGAUAGACUAACUAAAUUUCAACUGCUGCCACCUGUGGAAUCUGAAAAGGAUGAUCUUAAGAAGAAAUUGAAUAAACGUCUAUCUGAAGUGGUUCGUACUCAACAGGAACAACAUAGACGUAAACAGGAACAACAAAAGAGAAAAUCGCACCUGGAAGAAGACUUCAAACGACGAACCAAACUUUGGAGUGAUACAGCAACGACUACCACCAAUACGAAUAAAACUGCUGUACCCAAUCCCUUACAACAACUCGAUAAAAAUAAUACCAUUUUACAUGACUUAUACCUUGCUGAUCAUAGAACGAUAUUAGGGGAAAAUACUGCCACUACUGGCACUGGCUCUGGUAGUGGCACUGGCGGUACUACUGGUGCUGGUAACUAUGAUGGUUACGCCAAUCAAUCUCUACCGUAUAUCCAUUCGGAUUCUGAUGAAGAAGACGAUGUUGCCCUGGCACCUUGGGCAAGAUCACCCUAUUUGCAGCGCCAAUUACAAUUACAACAGAACUGGGACCCCAGGAAAAUUUUUGGUCCUAUACCACCAUUGCAUAUCGAUCAAAUCUUUCAACAUUCAAGAUUAAAUCGUCUUAAACCGAAGAGAGGUUGA